UGAAGGAGCAAGCUGUUGCGGUCUGUUCUCCUGCUUUCUUUAAAGGAACACAGGACACUGCCCUCCUUAUCACAGAAUACAACUUCGGAAUACAAAUCGGAACUCUUUUUUUGUGCUAAAACCCAUUUUUUUUUUUCCAUAAGAAAAUAUCGUAGAUAGAACAUUAAUGCCACAUCCUACCAAAUAGCCUUAAACAUUUAAAUAUAUAUAUAUAUAUUUAUUUAAUUAUCAGUAGAAUGGAUCCGCUCAUCACUUCCACUGAGUUUCCAAGUAAUUGGACAAACGACUCCACCGCACAGAAUAAAACCGAGAUAUACUGGAACCAGUUUGUGCAACCAGUUUGGAGGAUAGUGCUCUGGGCAGUAGCUUACAGCACAAUUGUCAUCGUGUCCGUGGUGGGCAACAUCACAGUGAUAUGGAUCAUUUUGGCGCACAAACGCAUGCGAACAGUGACGAACUAUUUCCUCGUGAACUUGGCUUUCGCUGAAGCGUCGAUGUCCGCAUUUAACACGGUUAUAAAUUUUGUGUACGCCGUGCAUAAUGAGUGGUAUUUUGGGCUCUAUUACUGCCGAUUUCACAACUUCUUUCCCAUAGCAGCUGUCUUCGCGAGUAUAUGUUCCAUGACUGCGAUUGCACUAGACAGAUAUAUGGCCAUUAUCCAUCCUCUGCAGCAGAGGAUGUCUGCGACUCAGACGAAAGUGGUCAUCGGGGUGAUCUGGGUGCUGGCUCUUCUGCUGGCUUUUCCCCAGUACUACUACUCCAACACAGACCAACUGCCUGGAAGGGUUAUUUGCUACAUCGACUGGCCUGAGUACACUCUCCUGAACUUCAGUAAGAUGUACUAUGUGUGUGUAGCAGUGCUGAUUUACUUCCUCCCUCUCUUGGUGAUGGGCUGUGCUUAUCUGGUGGUGGGUUUGACUCUUUGGGCCAGUGAGAUCCCAGGAGAUUCAUCUGACCGUUACCAAGAGCAGCUGGCUGCCAAACGCAAGGUGGUGAAGAUGAUGAUUGUUGUGGUGUGUACCUUCGCUGUUUGCUGGCUUCCCUAUCAUGUGUUUUUCCUGAUUCACCAGUUCUACCCAAACCUGUCUGAGCAUCCCUUCAUGCAGCAGGUCUAUCUGACUAUCAUGUGGCUGGCAAUGAGCUCCACUAUGUACAAUCCCAUUAUCUACUGCUGCCUUAAUGACAGGUUCCGGGCCGGGUUCAAGCAAGCAUUCCACUGUUGUCCAUGCGUUCCAGAGGGAUCCUGUGAGGGUCUAGAGCUCAAGUCCACCCGGUACCAUCAAACCCAAUCUAGUUUGUACAGGGCCAGUCGAAUGGAGACCACGGUGUCCUGUGUGAUGCAGCCAUGUGGAGAUGGGCAGAAGGUCACGUUCGGGAGCAUCAGAGGGGCGCCUGGGAGGCCGGCAGUUCACAGCCCUUUAAGAGAGCUCACCUCUAAUGGCUCGACCACUCGUAGCAUGUCUAAGACAUUGUCGGAGACGUCCAGCUUUUACUCCACUAACAAUCAACUAGAAUAGGAGCCCAGAAACACAAGAUACCUGUUUGAGGAGAAAAGCCACCAUCUUAUUCCGAGAUGCAAUCUUUUGAUAAAUCCACAAAAAUUCUCCCCCAGUGUAAAUCUCUGGAUUACCUUGAGCAGUGUGUGAAUGCGUGUGUUUGUGCAUUUUUAGCUGGUAUUAUAGCUGUUAAAGGAGUAGUUCACACAAAAAUGAACUGUUUGAUCCAGUCAAGAAAACAGGUCUGAAGGAUUCGUUGACGAAUCGGACUGAUCUGGUUCUCGAAUUCCACUCACUGACUCACUUGGUAAACAGCUUCCUGGAGCGGAAGAUUAUCUGUAAAUAAUGACUUAAAUUUCAACUUUUAUUACUUCACAAAACAUGGAAUAUGCAGUAGUUCAAGUCAUACUUUAUGGACAACUUUAAUGUUGCUUUUAUGAUACUUUUGAAUAAUUUUUGAAGAUUAGAAGCCUUAGUUCUCAUUCAUUGUAGUCGCAUAAAAAAGUUUAAAAUACUCUUCUUGUGUUCCACGGAAGAAAGUCAUACAGACUGGGAACGACAUGAGAGUGAGUAUUGAUGACAGGAUUCACUUUUUGGGUGAACUAAUCCUUUAAGUUUUUUAGCUAGUUAUGGGCAUAAAGUGUUUCUCAUUUCAAAAUGCUCUGAAAGGUUCAGCUUUCAUUCUUGUCGCACUCUAUUCAUUAUGAGGAUGCUAAUUCUGAUUGGGGGAGCAUUUACAUAGAUUUUCUUGGCAAAGGCUUUCUUACCAAAUUGAUGUAAAUGAUGUAAACAUAUUGUACUGUGAUGACUUAGUCUAUUAUUAGGCCUGAUUUAUUGAUCCUGCAAUCACUGAAGAUAUUUCAAAAGUUUACAUAAAUGGACAUGUGACACAGUGGAACAAUGAGUCACUAUAUGGAGAUUGAAUUUGACCAUGUAUAUUGGUCUCUCAUCUUGCUAUCAACAAAACAACUGUGUGUAUUCCAAAAUGUUGGGAGUGUAGUGGAAUAAGGUGACAAAUAUCUCAACUGUUAAUACCACUUUUGAUCACCAUUGCAGCUUUUUUGUGUAACAAUGCCCUCAAAGAUGACCCACCUGACUCAAAUGAUAUCUCAGCAUAUGUUCUUGGUUGUUGUUUCUUCAGUAGCUAAUGUAGGUGUGGAGAUUUUUUGCACACUUCAUAGCAAUUUUCUUGGAAAAACACAUUCAGCCUUCAAAAGCUCUUAACUAAGACUCAAUAACAACAUGGAGGGCAGAGUUUAUGUUAUUGAAAAUGUCUUUAGUAGCUUCAUGGCCAGAUAGAGCAGUGAUCCAGCAUGUGAAAUGAGCAUGAACAAUUUAAUUUGCCAAUAUCAUCACCUUGCAGCUCCACUGGCAGAUAUACAGGACAAUUUAAAAUUUUCACUUUUCAAGGUGUGCCUGGAAACAUUAAUGCAUGCUGGUCAAAGUUCUGAAUGCCUUUUGCCCUGAUUCUGUGCUGCUCUGAAGAAUAGAUUUGUGUCUGAAAAAAAAAAAAAAGUGAUGUGCAGGGAAUUUUGGUACUAGGGAUAUUUUCUGUCUCUUCUGUCUGUCUCUUUUUCGUUCUCUCUCUCUCACUGACAUAAAAGGGUUAGUUCAACCAAAAAUGAAAAUUCUCUCAUUACCUCAUUUUGUUCCAUGCCUGGAUGACUUUUUUUAUUCACAAUCAUAAAAUAUGCAUUGUUGGGUGUGAUCUGAUCACAAAGUAAUUAGCUACUAUAAAAUAAUUACUUUUAGCCAAAAGUAGUGUAACACAUUACAUUUUAAAUUCUUGUUAUCAGAUUACAGUUACUGACUUUCAGUUAACUUAAUUAAUUUUAAGUACAUUACUUGGGUUACACAUUUCAUAAAUAAUAGUUUUGUAAAAUAAAUUUCAGACAUGAAUUAUGUUCAUAUGUACAUCUGUUUGUUUUUCUGUUACAGCUGAAGUGGCAACGACAAUGAACAAGGAGGAAAUAUAGACAUUAUUUUUAAUUUGUUGAGUAGAAAAAUACAAUACCAUUAUGUAAUCAGGAAAAAAAAUCUGAUUACAAUGAAAGAGAAUUAAAGUAACUGGUAAUUUGUAGUAAACUACUAUUUAUAAGUAACUUACCCAACACUGAAAAUAUGUAAUGAAAGCAAAUGGUGACAGAAGGUGCCAUUCUCAUUUUGCCUUUUGGGUUCUGCUGAAGAAAGAAUGAAUUUUCAUUUUUGGGUUAAUAAUCCCUUUAAUUCUCUUAACAGUGAAGUGUGUAAUUUAUCAUCAGUAUUUUCAAACAGCUAUCCCCAAUCCUGCCUCAAACUCACGUGGUUGGUGGAUUGAACCCAGUAUGUACACUUUUUAUAGUUGACUGCAUAUUAAGCCGUGAUAGGAAAAAGUAAUUUAACAUCGAAAAAAGUACACACUUCAGCUUUAAUUCAGUUGUUAUUCAUAUAGUAUAGGCAUUCACACACACGCAAAUACAUAUCCCCCUCACACUGGACAAGGCCAGAGUAAAAUUAGCUCUUCAGGUGCCUCCCACAUACCAAUGAGUUUGUUUGGACAUUUACAAACCUGGAUACAGUCAAAGCAAUAUGAUACUAAGGUACACAGGAUUGUGGGACAAAAGAGGUGAUGAGGGGUGAGGGAUAUAUAAAAGUUAAGGGAAGCUAUUUGGAUUUGGGGGGAGAGGGUGAACACGUGCUGCUGAUUUUGACAGGGAUGAGUGAACGUGGUGUCCAUUUUCCAAGGAGCAUUCCGUUCUGUCUCGCUGUUGCAUGUUUAAAACAGACCAACUCUCCAGAGAGUUUUUGUGUGCCUGCGCUUUGUGCUUUCAUUGUUGUGCUGUGAGUGGAUAUGAAGGUGACAGCAUGCUUGUUAUGGUGCAAUAUGUUCAGAAUAUUUUGGACGGUAAAUGACUGUGAUCUGCGUGUGCCUGAUUGUUUGGCAGGUGCUGACAGCUCAUUCCCACUGUAAAUGAAUCACACUCUGCUCCAGAUCUUUUCAGAGAUUCAAAAACAUUUUUAACACAUCAGCCAUACUUUUGCACAAUUGCAACUGCCUUCACACACUCUAUAUAUGGGUAGUUGACAUUAAAUAUUUUUGGAAAGUUGAUGCCUCAUGGGGCAACAUGCUAAACUCAUUUUGAAAUUUAUUUAAAUCUCCCAUGUAGAUUUUCUAAGGAUGAGUCUAUGUACACAUGCAUCAGACGGAUGCUUCUGGAGCAUCUCACUUUGGAUGCCUUGCAUCCUAAACACAGCGUUUUUAGGACACUGUGUCAAGUUAAAAGUAGUUUGACACUUAGAAAAACACAUCUCAAGACCCCUGAAUUUGGAGUUGUGCUUUGUCCAGCUGUGUUUGAAUGCAAGAACAGCAUCAUCAUCUUGUGCUGUCAGUAAGUGUGGUUAGUUGUCUGUACAGUUGGGUGUUUCCUGUACUGAUGGAGUUGUAUUUACUAUCCCCUGCUGACUGCAACUCGUAAAAAAAAUAAAGGUGAACUAUCCUGAUAACGUCGGGGGCAUGGUUUAUUGCGUAUAUUUUUUAACGCGUUAUUUGUAUAUAAUUAAUCACACUGAAUUAACUUAAAUCGUCAGUACUAAUUUAAAUACAUUUUUAUCUAAAAGUUCUUGGACACGUUAUACUGUAUGUCACCUACCCAUACAUCUCCCUUUCUCUCCUUUCACUGGCAUCAAGUCUGUCUGAUCAUCACACUCCAUACCUAUUUGCUCUUCUUAUCCCUUUAAGAUGAAGGUGAAAGUAAAGAAAGGUGAUCACAUACACAUUUUUUUUUAGAACUGAGUAAUGAAGGUUUUGAUUGUCUGCCAGCUCGGGUUUGCAGAACCUCUGUGGACUGUGUUUGUGUAUGUGUGUGAGAGCACAGGAGGAUUUGCUCUUCUCAGCUCUAUCUCCCUAUAAUCAGAGUAAUUACCCAAGAGAGGAAAGCACAGAGGGGAGGACAACAGCUGUGUAUGCAAGCAUUUAGUCACAUACUUAUCCACCCUCCAGCAUUCUUCACAAGUCUCCCCAGGCCAUUUUGCAUUGCUUCUUAAUUUUACUAAAAUUUAUUUUUAAUGUCUUCACGCACACAUCUACAGUCAGAGUAAUUGUGUGUGUGUUUAGACAUACUUCUACAUGAGUCCAGCUGGUAGAGUUCAUCAGUUAUUCAGACAGUAAGACAUGCUUUGAUUUCUGGCCAGCACAGGAGGCCUCACAGUGGUGUACUGCUGGUUUCGCUGACUUGAAAUCUCCUAUAACACUCAGAUCAUUUCAUAUUCUAAUGAAAAAAACAAACAAACAAACAAAAAAAACUGGAAAUACUUUCAUUAGCAUUAAUGGGUUAUAAUGUGGUCAGUCAAGGUUUCUUGCACUAAAAAUAUCAUAAUUCAGUUUUUUAUGACCAUUUUCCACUCUCUCACUCUCUCUCUGAUUCUCUCUGCAGAAUUUAAUGGCCGUUUUAUGCUGUUGUCUGCUAAGGUUAAGGUCAGAUUUAAAUGAUCAGGGACCUUGGUACACUGUUAAAGAUUUUCUCGUCAAAAAACAGUGAAGAACUGGCAGCAGGUUGCCAGCAAGUUACUGUAAAAUUAAUGGUGUCUUGCUGUUGCUGAAAUUAACAGCUAGAUGCUGUUUUUUACAGCUACAGAAUACAACUGUAAUUUAGCAGCAAAUCUACGGUUGUUGAAAUUAACAGCUAUAUUCCCAGCAUGCACUGCGACAUAAAGAAAUUACUUCGAUUUUGUACUAUUUACUGGUUUAUUUUGACGUUGUUUUUGUUGUAGUCUAAGUUACUUGUAUUUUAAUGUUCAGCUUUUACUUUUUUACGUAAAAGUAUGUUUGUUAAUUGUCACCACUGUUGCGUUUUGUAUGCCGAGAGCUGAUUUCUGUGUGUGAUAACAACUCCACUUAUGCUGUAAAUUCAUCAAAAACAUCAAACACUCAAUUUGCUGAUAUCAUUUUGCUGAAAUAUCCUUUACUGUUUUUGCUCGUAUGUUUUUAUGUGUAAUGCAUCACUAUUGCCACAUAAAGUGCAUUUGCAAGGUAGGAUCAGAUAUUCAGUCUGACUUUAGGUUUUGUCUUCCAAGUAGCACAGUGCAACAACUUGUGUUUUACUUCGACACAAAUUGACUGUUUGGAAGAACAUAGUAUAAUAAUAAACUAGGUCCAAGGUGCCAGCUCAAGAGAACACUAAUCACCGUAAUGGUGACUUCAAACAAAACACAACUAUUGAUAACAAAACAACAACACUAAUUAAACUAAGAUUUUUAUUAAGUCUGAAUAAAAACUUUUGUACGUGUUUAUUUUUUUAUUUUCUUUUUCUUUUUUUUUCUUUUUUUUUUUUUUUGUAGCCCCAAUGCAUUGCCAAAGCAUACAUACUUAUUCAAGUGCAAAGGCUUAUGGGUAUUUCACCAUUAUAACCCACAAUGCAGUGCUAUACUGUUAUUUUACUGUGUGCAGGUUGUUGUUGUUGUUGUUUUGUUCUUCACAGUGAGCCUGCUCUUGAUCUUCCAGAAUGCAACAUUUUUAACAGCAAACUACUAUAUUGAAGAAUCACAGUAGAUUGCUGUAGGAAUUUGGUCAUAAAUUUACAACAAUUUUUUACAGUGUAGAAUAAAAUCUUCAGCUCCUUUAGAAGGCUAUGCAGUUCCACAGCUGCUACCCCACAGCUCGUAUUAUUAGUUAUAUGCAGUGUCUGAAAUUAACUUUUCCAUAAAGAGGCCUGGAUUUGAUUUUCAGGGGCAGUUGUUUUUGCAUUUAUGAAGGCACUGUUUCCUAAACAUAUAAAAACUAUACUGUCAUUCUUUUUUUUAGAUACAGUUUAAUCAAUUCAUCAACAUAAGUUAUCAAUCUGAAUGUAUUUCCUACUUUCCAUAAAAUUAAACCACAUAAAUAAAUACAUAUUGAAUUUUGAAUUGCAGGGGCAUUUUCGCUCUGAGCCCCUCUUCAUUUCUGACCCUGAUUAUCUUUUUUUUUUUUUUUUUUUUUUUUUGAAGAAUAGUUGCAUCUAUUCUACUUCCUCCUUAUUCAUUCACUGCAACUGGGAGGGCUAUGUUGCUGAACUCCAAAUCAACAUUGUUGAUGAGUAAAUCUGGACAGUCUCAUGUUAAUAUAUUCAUCUGACUGACAUCAGAAAUCCAGCUAGUUUGCACAGCUAUUUUUGCAGUUUCAAUGGAUGGUCAUUUUGGUCAUUAAGUUCUGAAACUUACAAUAUGUUUACAAAGCACAUGAAACUCUUUUUUUUUUCAUUCAAAAGAUUGAGGAAAAAAAAUUUUUUUAAUAAAAUUAAUUCUGUUAACAAACAUUAUUACAUCACGUACAAAAUGCAUAACAAGAUAAUUAGUUUAUGUACAGAGAGUUAGAAAUGUCAUUAAAAUUGAUUUACUGUAUAUAUAUAUAUAUAUAUAUAUAUAUAUAUAUAUAUAUAUAUAUAUAUAUAUAUAUAUAUUCACAAUUAUAUAUUCAUUGACUAUAAUGGCUGUUCAUGUUAUUGAAUGUUGAAUUCACAGAUUAAUCUUAAGUUACCUGUUGAUGUGUAAGUUUACCAAGUAAAACAGUGUGUUAAAAUACUUUGUAAUAUACUAUAAAGGAAUAUUAUGCUCUUUCUUUUUUACAUUUGGUUCAGUUUGACAUGUUACCUUUCAAAAGCACCAUCAUCACCUUUAUGGCUCAACAGAACUUUACCAGUGGGCCAAGUUUUGUUGUAAUUAAAAUAAUGGCCAAGAAUUUGCUUUCAUUGUUGUGCUAUAUUGUUCCUACUUAUUUAUGCUUUUGUAAAGGAUUUUUUUAUGUAUAUGCUUCUGUAUACUCUGUGUAAUAUAUCUGUAUUCAGGCCUG